GCUUCGUGCCUAGCUGCUUGUGAAAUACAUGUACGUAUUGAUAGAUGGUUCGAUAUCUUCGCACUCUCAUCCACGCAUUAUGUGUGCUGCAGCUCUGUGUGGUUUUGUAUUAGUGGACGUUUCGCCCCGGUGCUGGAACGUUUGUCGGAUUCCGUAGGGGUGGACGCGCGGGAGCGAUCCCCCAUUUUGAACUGGACACAGUGCUCGAGAUUCUCUCUCUCUUCUGCCAUGUGCCUUUUUUUCCGGGUGGCAGUGACCUGGACGGAUAGAAAUGUGGGGUCAGUGGUCUGCUGGUUCUCGCGCGACCAUGUUUAUCCCGCGGAGUUUACCUCACCCCCUCCCUUCUCGUCUGCGUGUGUCUCGCACUCGCCCCCCAGAAGAAAGAGGGGGGGGAAGGGGUCGAGCCUGGCACACAGGAUUUGGAGAAGUGCAAAGAAAACGCGAGGCGCGAGCAACUGCGACGCGGCCAGUUUCUUUAAUCUCGGCGGAGACUUUGACGCACGAGUGACAGGACCGUCUCGCUUUUUCGCCGCUCCUCUUUGUCUCAGUUGCUUUCCGUUUCUUCCGCCUUUCCGUCGAAAGGAGACAAAAGGCGCGACGUCACCCAGACACACUGAGCUCGGCGGUGCUGCGGUUUUUUCCGGCUUCGCGCGAGUCUCUUGCGUCAAACAGCUGAGUCGGAGAGUUCUUGCGCUCGGCUCUCGCUCCGGCGUCACACGCUUCCCCUCUCUCUGGGAGGUUCGCACCCGUCGACUUCGCUGGACUGUCUUGUUGGAUUCCGGUUGCAGAGCGCCUGUCUUUUCACGCUCGCUCUGUCGACUCUGAAGGCGUCGGUCUCUGUCGCCUGCUAGCAGUCUGUGUGCCCUUCGGUUCUGACCUGUUGCCGCUAACGCCUUCACCACAAUGUCUCCGGCCGGCCGGAGGACCCCGAAGAAGCUGGCCUUCGCGGCCCUGCUUCUGGGCGUCUCCGUUGCAUGUACGUCCAGCUUUUUUUCUGCUUCAGUCUCUCCCUCGGCGCUUUGGGUGGCGGCGACUGAGACUGACGCCGCAGAGCCUUUGACUGCGGAGGAGGCGCCGCGGUCGCUGCCGAUCGACGAGAGCGAGAAGGCGGCGGCGCCCUUGACCGCCGAGGAGCAGGAGGCGGUGCAGAAGAGCCAAGAGAGUCACCAGUACCAGACGGAGGUGUCGCGUUUGAUGGACAUCAUCAUCAACUCGCUGUACACGCAGCGCGAGGUAUUUCUCCGCGAGUUGAUUUCGAACGCCGUGGACGCAUUGGAGAAGGUCCGCUUCACGGCGCUCAGCCAUCCGGAGGUGCUGGAGCCGAAGAAGAACCUGGACAUUCGGAUCGAGUUCGACGCAGACGCGAAGACGCUGAGCAUCAUCGACUCGGGGAUUGGGAUGACCAAGCAAGACUUGAUCAACAACCUCGGCACCGUCGCUAAGUCAGGCACGAGCAACUUCCUCGAAGCCAUGGCCCAGGGCAACGAUGUGAACUUGAUCGGACAGUUCGGCGUCGGCUUCUACAGCGCCUUCCUGGUUGCAGACAAAGUCACUGUGGUCUCCAAGAACGUCGAAGACGAUCAACAUAUCUGGGAAAGCUCUGCAGAUGCGAAGUUCCACGUCGCGAAAGACCCGCGAGGCAACACCCUCGGCCGCGGAACUUGCGUCACGCUCCACCUCAAGGAAGACGCCACAGAAUUCCUCAACGAGUGGAAGCUGAAGGACUUGACUACGCGGUUCAGCCAGUUCAUGAGCUACCCCAUCUACGUUCGCACCUCGCGCACCGUCACGGAAGAAGUCCCGAUCGAAGACGAGGAAGCAGAGACCAAGGACGAAGACAAGGAGAAGGACGAAGACAAGGACAAGGACGACGUCGAGGUCACCGAGGGCGACAAGGACGAGAAGAAAGACAAGCCAAAGACGAAGAAGGUGGAGAAGAAGAAGGACGAAUGGGAGCAAGUGAACACACAGAAGGCGAUCUGGCUGCGUCCGAAGGAGGAGAUCGAGGAGAAGGAGUACAACGAGUUCUACAAGAGCGUGAGCAAGGACUGGUCCGACCCCCUUGCGCACAUCCACUUUUCGGCGGAGGGCGAGGUCGAGUUCAAAGCGCUUCUGUACAUUCCCAAGCGGGCGCCUUCGGACAUCUACAGCAACUACUUUGACAAGCAAACGUCUGUGAAGGUGUACGUUCGCCGCGUCUUGGUCGCAGACCAGUUCGACGACCUUCUCCCCAAGUACCUGCACUUCGUCAAGGGCGUGGUAGACAGCGACGACUUGCCGCUGAAUGUGUCUCGCGAGCAGCUGCAGCAACACAAGAUUCUGAACGUUAUUUCGAAGAAGCUGGUCCGAAAGACGCUCGACACGAUGCGGAAGCUGUCGGUGGACGCGCUGAAGGAACGCGAGGAGAUGGAGAAGGAGCUCGAGCAAGAGGAAGACGAGGCGAAGAAGAAAGAGCUGCAGAAGAAGCUGAAGGAGAAGAGCGUCUACGAGCGGUUCUACGACGAGUUCUCGCGGAACCUGAAGCUCGGCUGCUACGAAGACGACACAAACCGAAACAAGCUUCUGAAGCUCCUGCGCUUCCACACGAGCAAGUCUGGCCCUGAGCGCUCCGUCACCCUCGAGAGCUUCGUCGCGAAACUCCCAGAAAACCAACCCAACAUCUACUACGCGGCUGGCGAGUCCGCCGAGCAACUCAUGAAGGCUCCGGAAAUGCAGAUCUUCUUGAAAAAAGACAUCGAAGUUCUGUUCCUCCUCGAGGCCAUGGACGAACCGUGCAUUCAACGCGUCAUGGACUUCGAAGGAAAGAAGUUUGUGUCGAUUCAGAAGGGCGACGUGCAGCUGGACCAGACGGAGGAGGAGAAGAAGACGGAGAAGCGUUUGAAGAAGGCGUUCGAGCCGCUUCUGUCGUGGUGGAAGAAGUUGCUUGGCGAGAAGGUGACGAAGGUCGAGGUGUCGAAGCGCCUGGUGGAGGCGCCGUGCGCCGUCGUGGCGUCUGAGUGGGGUUACUCUGCGCAGAUGGAGAAGAUCAUGAAGACGCAAACGUUUGCAGAUCCGCGUCACGUCCGCAUGAUGGCUGGCCAGAAGGUGUUUGAGAUCAACCCACACCAUCGGAUGAUUCAGUACCUCCUCGCGCAGGUCCAGAAGGAAGGGGACAACGUCGGCUCGAAGGAGAUAGAGAUGGCUCGGCUCUUGUUCGAAGUCGCGAAACUGGCGUCCGGGUUCGAGGUCGAGGACCCAAAGGAUGUCGCGGCGAGCCUGUACAAAGCAGUGGCCGCAGACCUGACGCUACCGACAGACGAACCGAUGAUCGCCGAGUACGAACUGCCUCGCGAAGAAGAAGACGAGAAGGUCGGAGAUGAGGACGCAAAGGACGAGGAAAAGAACGAAGAGGGCGAGGCAGACGAACCGGAAGAGAAAGAACACACUGAGAAGCACGACGAACUGUGAGGACAGCGGACAGGGAACGAACUGAGGGCGGUUCAGAUCGGGACGCGUGGUGAUGCAGGGUCGAUACACCACAGGAAGAGGAAGUAGAAGAGGAGAGACGGUGACAGACGACAUACGUAGGUCGAAGCGACUUGGAAACGAAGGACCAGAGACGCAGAAGGAGGCGGAGAUGCACCUCUUUCCUCUUGGAUCCAUGCAGUCGGAUGCUACAUCAGACAGGGAAAGAACUGCGACUCGAGACGGCGAGUGUCGUCGACACGAGAGGCAUCCGACACCGGAACGCGUUCGAGGAUUGGAAAAGUUCCGCUCUGCUUUCGGGAGGGAUGUUUGACGCUUGAAGAUCCAGCGAGAGGCGAGAAGGGAGAGACUUUGGAGUUGCGUUCCCACUGAAUUCGUUUUCAUACAUCAAGCUGUUUCUGCAUUUGUCUGUAUAUCGGUGUUGCAUGUGCAUCGAAAACGCUUCUUUCAUGUCUCCUGACAUGUAUAGUCAUACUCAGAGAUCAACUGCGAACACACGAAGAGUGCCGCACAUUUUCGUGUCUGCGUUCUGCAAAGAGCUGAAAAAUUGCUGUGGAGCAGACCACGCGAGAGCAGACGCGACACAGAAAGAAAUCCUCUCCGAGUCCGUUUCGCUGCCUGCUCACAGUUGGCUACACAACGAAAGCCUGUAGCGAGGUGUGAAACGAAAGCCGUUUCGUCUGCUUACACUGGCUGCGGGUGUCUUGAAGAGGAAUUCAACUCGCAUGUUUCAGACAGUGAUGCCGCCGCCCUCUCGGCCUACACGCUUCACGCGCAAAUCUAUGCUUCGGAACGUGUAUCUAUCAUAAAUGGGGUGGAAGCUUCUGCGGCAAUCGCUGCGCAAACGG